AUGUCUCUUAAGGGUCACCCUAAGUACGAGUUUUCUUACCAAGUGAAGGACCCCCACACACACGACAUCAAGUCCCAGCACGAGACGCGUGACGGUCACGUCGUGCACGGCGAGUACAGCCUGCACCAGCCCGACGGCAGGGUCAGGACUGUCAAGUACCACGCUGACCAUAAGACCGGGUCGUUUUGUUUGCCGCUCUUCUCGCCGUCGUCGCCGCACAACACGGUCAUCACCACGACCACCACCACGGUCACGCCUCCUCUUCACAGAGCCUCCACCAGCACCACUCUCAUGGCACCGAGAAACAUGUUGAAUACUAUAUUGAAAUGUACAUUGCAGGGCCAUCCUAAGUACGAGUUCUCUUACCAAGUGAAGGACCCUCACACACACGACAUCAAGUCUCAGCACGAGACACGUGAUGGCCAUGUCGUGAAGGGCGAGUACAGCCUGCACCAGCCCGACGGCAGGGUCAGGACAGUCAAGUACCACUCCGACCACAAAACCGGAUUUAACGCUGACGUACACUACGAGGGUCACGCGCAACACAUCGUCCCUGAACACCACCACCACCAUGUAAUGUGUAUGCUGUCCUUGGCAAUCGCCAUGGUUUCUGGCUACGGGCACUCGUCGCAGUACAUCCACCGCCACGACGGCCACCACCAGCCUGUGCACCACGGACACCACCACGACUACUACACUCACCCCAAGUACGAGUUCGAGUACAAGGUGGAGGACUGGCACACCGGCGACCACAAGUCGCAGCACGAGCACCGCGACGGUGACGUCGUCAAGGGACACUACUCGCUGCACGAACCUGACGGCUCCGUCAGGGACGUGCACUACCACGCUGAUCAUCACUCCGGUUUCCACGCGGACGUGAAGCACAGCGUACACCACGUCGUACCUCACCAUCAUCAUCAUUACUGAAGCAAUCUGUUGUAUCUAUAAGCAUUACUUUAAUUUUACUAGAUUCAAUAAAAAUAUAAGACAAAUAACA